AUGCAACCGCGAUCCCGCGCGGGUUCGCCGCAUCAAGGCGAUGACACCAAUGGAUCGACUAAGCAUCACUAUUCGUCUUCUUGGACCCCACCUUCUUCGACUCCUCGACGUCAUCUCAGUCCUGGCAAGCUUUCAAGCCCUUCUUCCAGUGCUACCCCUGCUUCAUCCACCGGUCUCAUUUCACCACGCCCAACUCAUGUACACGCCAUGGUACGCGAAAGGUCAUUUCCACGUGAAGAGGGCAAUAGUCGACCCCCAUCGAUCCGAUCAGCUUCAUCGUUUGGACGACCCCUUAACAGACUUGUUCAUGGUGCACACUCGCGUCGUCCUUCUGGAUACUCAAACUUCAGCACUAUGAGUGAAACGUCACUGCCAUGGACAACACGCGAUAUUGGAUUUAAUGCCAUCUCGGGCGUAUUAAACGAUCCUGUGAAAAGAGUUCAAUCGACAUCCAAGCCGAGUAAAGCUGAAGUGCCUCCGGUCGCAAGGGCGUCCAUCCCCAAAGUGAAGCCAUCUGAUUUCGACACUUAUCUCGAGCACAUUCGCCCUGUCUUUGAACGAUAUCAAGCCAACAAGCAGACCGAAGAGGAAGAAUAUGCAUCACCCACACUCAAUGAUACGGCAACGAAUGAAGAAUUACCAGUGCAUCAACGUCCAAGUACACGCAAUCCUUAUGGCCAAGUCUUAUCCAGCGAUAGCUUAGCACUUGUUGAUCCUGCACCAGAAACGCCAUCACCUGUACCUCGAGAAUUACCAAUGCUUGAAAAUGUGCCGCCCAUCUUUUUCGAUCCCGAAUUUCACCUUGAAGAUCCAAGAACAUUUGACCAAGUGUGCGAAGGUGCAGACAUUACUGGCAACAGCGGACCCAAUCCACCCAUAUCAACCAACAGCAUCUUGCAAGAAAAGCUAUCGUAUUACUUGGAUACAGUGGAGGUGCAUUUGAUACGGGAGAUUGAGAAUCGAUCAUCAUCGUUCUUUGAGGCAUUAUCCAAUUUACAAGCGCUACAUCAGGAGACACUCGAUUGCGUAUCACAAAUUCAUGCGAUUCGAAAGAUGAUGAAAGAGAUCCAGACGACAACAUGCAACAAUGGAUUGGAUGUAGUGAGAUUACGAGUGAGGGAAAGGAACUUGAACAAGCUGAAUCAGGCAGUGGAAUUGGUCAAAGAGGUGCAUGCGGCUCAACCCAAGAUCCAAGUAUUACUCGGUCAAGGGGAUUAUUUUGGCGCAUUGGAUUUAAUUGACGAGACACGUGGAUUACUUGACCAGCACGAUGGAAUCGAUCUAAGAAAAGUGCGUGCCCUCGGUGAUUUUGCUAGCCAACUGGAUGAGAUGGAAAAGGCUGUGGGUGUCAUGAUGCAACACGACUUUCUCAGUAUCUUAUUGUCUGAUCUCAGCUAUCAAAUCGAAUCUAUCGACUAUGACGAGGAAAAAAAGACUUGGCCCGGAGCAAAGGUCAAUGCUGGCGUAGUACAACCUGACAGUGAGCUGCAAACCCGACUCAAAUCCAGCAGCAAUGCUCUUUUACGUACCAAUAUGCUGGGAUCGACAUUGCAAGGAUAUCGUGAAAGAUUAUUAUCAGAGAUCAAGGAGAUUGUGCGGAAAAAGUAUCCACCUUCUUCACCCAAUGAUGAUGGAGCGCAAAGUGGAAUUGCAAAGCAACUACGUACAAUGACAUUUGACUCAUUCUCUCGAAUGCUUACGGACGUGUUGAUUGGAUUGGUCAAGGCAAUCGAACGAGCGGCUAUUUACCACCGAACGCUGUGCCAACUUAUUGAUCAAUGCAUUCCUGAGGAUGAUGUUCAGCGCAACGAGCUCAAGAAGGAAUCAAGUGAUAUCGUCUUUGCAGCAGCUGAUCUGGCUCAUGUACGCUGCGCCAAGCUUAUCGGUUUCAGAAGCGAGCAAAAUGCACAAUUGAAUCCUACCGACUUUUAUCGAUUAGCCAACAUGUUACGCACUUUUAUUCAGCAAUGCGAAGCUUUUUGUGGACGCACAUGCUUUGGUUUACGUGGCACGGUGCUAUCCCAGCAAAAAGCGUUCAUCGAUCACUUUCAUAUGGAGCGAAUCAAACAAGAGGCACAGCUUAUUGAGAACGAGCAAUGGAUCGCACAAGAAGUUGCUUCAGACUUUCAAGGCAUUGUGGACCGGAUAUGUGAUGGCAGUAUAUCUUCCUUUGCUGAAGGGGAUGGUCAUCAACCACAUUCCAAAGACAACCAACGCAGUACUCGUUUCCUUAUCAUUCACGAUGCCAGCUAUUUCACCGUUGGAUGCAGCUUGCUUCUCAUCAAGAUGUUUGAGGAUUACAUGAGAUGUAUAUUGAACCUUGAAGGAAUGACAACUGAUAUCAUGCAAAAGCUGAUUGAACUGCUAAAGCUAUUCAAUUCGCGUGUAUGUCAAGUCAUUUUGGGUGCUGGUGCAAUGCGAUCGGCUGGUCUGAAAAACAUUUCUGCAAAGCAUCUAGCCUUGGCAUCCCAAUCCAUCGGCAUCAUGAUUGGCUUGAUACCUUCUGUCAAAGAGUGUGUGGGACGCCAUAUGCCUACAAAACACAAGGUGUUGCUCUCCGAGUUUGAUCGUAUUCUGAAGGAUUACCAAGAACAUCAAAAGGAGAUCCAUGCCAAGCUUGUUGCAAUCAUGAAUGAAAGGUUUGCUGUCCAUGUCAAAGCGAUGCAGGUCAUCAAGUGGGACGAGCUGCCUGAUACGGAGAAGAGCCCCAAUGGGUACAUGGAGACGUUGGUCAAGGAAACAAUGACAUUACACAAGGUUCUCAACAAAUAUUUGCCACACCAUGAUCUGCAGCAAAUCAUGUCAGAUGUCUUUACCUCUUUCACCACUCAAUUGACCCAUGAAGUCCGUCAGCUUUCAAUACACACCAAUGCUGGCAAAGACAGACUUGCAAAGGAUGCCGACUACUUUACUCAAAAGCUAUCGUCGCUCGAAGAUAUUAGCCCUCCAUCAAAUUCUGUCAUUGAUGCUGUCAACGAUAUCACACUUUCCUAA